UCUCUCUUGCUUUCAGGGAUUAUCCAGCCAGGCUGAUUCCACAGAGUCACGAUGGGGGAAAGGUUGCUCCGCCGUGGAAUUCUCUCUUUCCUGUUGCUCGGUGCCGUCUGUCAGGCCCAGGAUCUUCCACUGAGCCAGGAAAACAGAGGGACGAGCUCCCUGUGUGAAACAGAUGCUGGGUCCUGGGGAGCUGUAUUCAGUGAAGAACGCCUAGAUGCCUGGAUCUGUUCUCUGAUUGGUUCUCUUAUGGUGGGAUUGAGUGGGGUUCUUCCUCUACUCUUCGUUCCUCUCCAGACGGGAGCAGCAUUGAAAUCAGAAGAGGGAUCCCAUCGAAUGAAACAGCUGCUGAGUUUUGCUGUCGGUGGGCUUCUGGGAAAUGUGUUUCUCCACUUGCUUCCGGAAGCCUGGGCCUAUACUUGUAGUGCUGCUGCAGGAGAAGGGCAGAGCUUCCAACAGCAGAAGCUUCUGGGGCUCUGGGUGAUCAUUGGCCUACUGACCUUCCUGAGUCUGCAAAAGAUGUUCCCAUAUAGUGAAAAACAAGGAAGCGCCAACUUGAUCAAUAAUUGCAAACCGGUUACCGAAACGACCGUGAAUGGCAGCAGCUUCUCUAGGCAAGAGGCAGACGCUCCAGUCCAAAGAAAGAAGUCAAGCACUGCUCAUUGUAAUGGGUCUUCUCAUUUACUCUCAUCAUCAGCUCAGAAAAUCAAGAUGAGUGGAUAUCUCAAUCUCUUGGCCAAUACAAUAGAUAAUUUCACACAUGGCUUGGCGGUGGCAGCCAGCUUCCUGGUCAGCAGAAAGGUUGGGCUCCUUACAACCCUGGCAAUUCUUCUACACGAGAUACCCCACGAGGUGGGGGAUUUUGUCAUUCUCCUCCGGGCUGGAUUUGAUCGCUGGAGUGCAGCCAAGCUACAACUUUCUACAGCUCUUGGAGGCAUCCUGGGCGCUUGCUUUGCCAUCUGUACUCAGUCACCAAAAGGGACAGGGGAAACCAUCGCUUGGAUUCUCCCUUUCACCUCUGGAGGAUUCCUGUACAUUGCAUUGGUCAACGUGGUGCCGGAUCUCUUGGAAGAGAAGAAUCUGUGGAACUCGGUGCAACAAGUCUUCUGCCUCUGCGCCGGCAUCGUUGUCAUGGUGCUUUUUUCCUUCACUACCGAAUGAGGGGCUCCGGCUUCUUUUUCUGCUGUUUCACAAAGCUGCCUCCCUCUGAAGUGUCACAAAGGAGUCAAGGGACACCGAGGGAUCUUUCUUCCUCGUGCGCCUGUGGAUCUGACUGCUGCUCAGGGUGGUGAACAAAGGAAGCGUCUUUCUUCUUCU